UGAAAACAUGCGACAAUGGAUUGGAAGCCGAAAACACUUGGUGCUCGCUGUUUUUGCGACAAUAAGUGUUGUCGUCGGCGGGAAUAUUGGAGCCCUUAAUGUCUGUGGACCUGAUACGUCUGAUGAAACAUCGUCCAGACACCUGAAUAAUUCAUGAAUUACCUGUGCCACCAUUUGAACCUCGCAAAUCGAACUAAUUAUCCCGAAAAUAAAGAAAAGAUAGUGAUGUCCAUUAUCCCUAGGGCUUAAAGAGGCAGGAAAGAUACCAACUUAUUCUUCACGACAAAUCCUGUGUCGCUCCGCAUUAUCGAAUAAUUAUUAAAAGAUGAUGAUUAAGUUUGGUGUUCAUCAGCACUUUAGAUGGAAAUCUACUGGCUCUCGAUCUCAAUAAGAAUGGAGAGAAGAAAUGGAGUGUCGAUUUUCAGGAUAAACCAAUGCUGUCAUCCAGUAUUCACAAGCGGGAGUUAAACAACGACGGUCAUUGGGUGAGACUGAUUCCCUCCUUGAACGGAGGGCUCUACAAGUUUGACGGUGAAAAUUUGGAGUCCCUGCGAGUCACCCCUCAGCAGCUCCUACGUUCGUCAUUCCGUUAUUCCGAUGAUUUAGUGCUUUCUGGGUCUGGGGAAACUCGGACCUAUGGCAUCUCCAGUUCAUCCGGGAAGAUCUUGUACCACUGUCACGAGGGUAGCUGCACGAACAUGACGGAGAACGAGACAUACCUGGGGCAGGAUGUCCUCGUGGUCAGAAGGUUUCAAGAUACUAUUAGAGCUGCAGAACCGCGAACAGGCCAGGAGAGAUGGAACUAUUCAGUUGGACAGCAUGAACUUGAGCUCAUUCCCUACGAUAACCAGAAGUGCAACAAUAAAUUGCUCCAAUGGGUGGAGAAUAUUGUGCUGAAAGUGAACGUUCCAGAGGGUCUGAUCUGGGCAGUAAAUAGGACCAGCCCUGAGAGCAAGCUAUGGCAGUACAAGAUGGACUCACCGAUUGUGUCAGUGUGGCGACAGCAUGGAGAGCGAAUGAAGAGUGAUGAUGAUGGUACCAGAAGACUGACGUCCUUGAAUUUGUUCGAGAGCACCGAGCGGAAUUGGGGAAGUCAAUAUACGGCGAGUCCGGACAUCUACGUGGCGAUGCACGACCGCCAGCUGUAUAUUCAGGAGAACACGAAGCAUGUCAAGCUACUAGGUACAACGAGCCCCCAUCGAACAUAUCCUUGGCGCCCGUAUCCUGCUUCUGACACAGCCUUGGCGAUCCGCCAAGAGGAUGCUUCCCUCUCGACAGCCCUCUCAGUCCUCUACAACUCGGAAUACAUCAAUGGCAAUGGAUUCUACCUGCACAGUAGAGAGACUUUGCAGAAGGAGAAUUCCAACCAGUGCAACAAGAGCCAUGCUCCUCUUCUGGGGGCUCCUGCCCAGCUGGACCCACCCCCGGACGAUUCCUACUCCGAGGAAACCCCAGUUCAGGUGAUAAUCGUCUCUUUAUGGUACUGGUGGAAGGAGGUCCUCAUAAUCUCCAUCACAACGGCCAUUCUUUUGAAUUUUAUGUUGACCCAACGACUUCUUAAUGCCACCUCUCGGGUCAAAGAUGCAGUACUGCCUCCUCUCAUUGUUGAGAGGCCCUUACCCCCGAAGGAAGCUCCUCCCCAGCUACCUCCAGUACUGGAAUGCUCAGGAGAAUUCGUAUCCAGAUAUUUGACAGACUUCGAUCCAGUGGACUGCUUAGGUAAAGGUGGUUAUGGUGUAGUCUUCGAGGCGCGAAAGAAAAUUGACCACGUGAAUUACGCGGUGAAGAGGAUCACCCUUCCGAACAACGAAGACGCGAGGGAGAGAGUCAUGAGGGAGGUUCGAGCCCUAGCAAACCUGGACCAUCAGAACAUUGUUCGAUAUUUCCACGCCUGGCUGGAGUGCCCCCCGGCUGGCUGGAAGGAAGAGCACGACGACAUGUACAUAAAUAGACAGAAAUUUUCCCCUUCCGAAUUCCCCUCCGAGAUAUCGAUGACCCCAUCGAAGCCAAGUGCAUCUGUCUGCAUCGAUCUCCCAAACAGUGAAAAAUCAUCAGUCGAUUCGGCUUUCGAGGCACUAGAGCUCAACAAAGUGAACGACGAAUCGUCCUUCAUUGUGUUCGACGAAGGAAGUGAUGACUCUGCCGUAACCGAGGAGAUUUAUGACUCUGCUGGAAUCACGGAGACUUCAGAAUCAAUUAAUUAUCCCAGGGGAGAUGAUGACAAUGGUCUUGGAGAUGAUUCUGAGUCCAUAGUCUUUCGGAAUACCUGCUCUGAAAAGAUUGUCGAUCAAACUGACAAGAGUGAGAGGGACAAGAGAAAGGCCUCCCUGUCUCUCAUGCUGGGGCAGAAAUCCUCGAAGAAAAUCCCUCGGAUGUUCUUGUACAUUCAGAUGCAACUAUGUCACAGGGAGAGCCUCAGGGAGUGGAUGAAGCGUCAGACCCAGGACAGAAAUCCUGACAAUGUCGAGAGCAUUUUCCAGCAGAUUGUGGAUGGCGUUGAGUACGUUCAUCUUCAUGGACUCAUCCACAGGGACCUAAAGCCCUCGAAUAUAUUUUUUUCCUAUGAUAAGAAAGUCAAGAUUGGAGAUUUUGGACUGGCUACUGCUAUGACUGAGGGCUGGGAGGAGCCCCGCACUCCCAAUGGAGCCGAGGUUGAGGGGGUGGGGAAUGGUCUUCACACGGCACAUGUGGGUACACACCUCUAUAUGGCCCCUGAACAGAUGAAUGGACAGGUUUAUAAUUAUAAGGUAGAUAUUUACGCUCUGGGGAUCAUCUUGUUCGAGUUGUUGAGCCCUUUUGGGACUGAUAUGGAAAGAAUGCUGGCUAUUUUGGAUCUCAGGAAGGCCGUUUUUCCGGAGGGCUUUGGGGAGAAACAUCCCAAGGCGAUUGAGCUUCUCAGAAUGAUGCUCGAUGAAAACCCUGGAAAGAGACCGACCACUCUGGGGAUUAAGGCGAGACCCCCGUUAGCGAAGAGUGAAUGGAGGGUCGGGAACGAGGGAGACGAAGGCAAGUGGCAUUUUGAUUUGCCGCAGAUUAGUCGGCAUUCUUCGGUUAAUAAUAGUAGUAGUGGAGAAUCUUGGGAUAUCAGUGCGUCUUAAUUGGGUGUGGGUUUUUACAAUUAUGAGAGAAUCUAAGAAUGAAUGUUAAUCGUUAUGAGAAUGGACAUGUCAAUGUUCAUGGGAAUGAGGAGAGAAGGGAGUAUCUUAAGAUUUUUGCAAGAGGAAUUUGUUGGUGAGAUGAUUUCUGAAGAGAUGUAUUGAGAGUUUACUUUGCGAAAGGACUAGAAGAGAGGAUACUGUGGUCUUCUUGUUCAGAAAGAAUAUUUUAUGAUUUUUCUCUACAUUCAACAGUUCUUGAAAUAUUUGCAGGAUCACAUGUAGUUAAUAUUUUUGAAGAUUUAUCGUUCCCAGUUUCUAGAGAAUGGUUUUUCUCUGAGAUCAGCUUGAAAAAGAAGGGAUUGAGAAAAAAUCCAGGAAAUAUUUCACAAAAGAAGUUUUUGGACUUUAUGUAAACUAAACGGUUCGAAUGUUAUUUCCGACAGGCUCAACAUAAACUUUCUGACUCAUUUCUACUAUUCCCUCCCAUAGAAUGGCAUACGGGUUCAGAGAGUUUGCAUUAAAUUUAGAAAUGUUAAGUUUUAAUUCUUAAGUUCGUCGAACUCCUCGGUUGUAUGAAUUAUUAAGUUCCAAUUAGGAGUUAAAAAAUACUGUUGUGACAGUUAUAGAUUAAGGCUGAGAGAAUGGGGAAUGACUAUAACACUCCAGUGAUGUUUAAGGUAUUCACUAAUGAAAAUUCUUAUGAUGAAUUUUUGCGAGUACGACGAGGUUGUCCUCACAUUUUAUGUAAAUACAAUACAAUGCCCAGACAUAACUUAAUUUUUUUAUAAUAAAAAUGGCAAAAUCGAUUGUAAUCUCAGUAGCGAUACAUCACCACUUUGCAUUCUCAAAGUAUUUAUUGAUUAUAUAAUGAUCAUUGAAGGUCAAUGAUUUCUGCAAUAGGUAGUGUUUUGUAUUCAUUAAAGAUCCCCAAGAAAAUCGACGAAAUACAGCAACCAUACAAAUCUUUAUUCAUAAUCUCAAUUACGUUCCAUUAACAAUCACUCAAUAUUCUCCAAAAUCCAAAAUAUUUGUUCUCUUCUAAUCUCUGGUGAUAAGACUAUUCCAAAGUAUUAUCUUCACAAGCAAGUAAAUAAAAAAAAAGGUCACGUCAUGCUAGAAACAUCGAAUGACAAAACAUUGAAAAUUCGCACUUCUCCUUCAGCUAAAAAUCAGUCACAAUGGAAAUCAGUUGUUUAUAAAAAAAAAGAGUAUUAAUAAAGAAUUGUUUACGGGAUCCAUUCCACAUCAUUAGUCUCAAUUCUUCCGUGACUGGGGGGUGUCGUUGUGGUGGUGGGCUUCCUCUCCUUCUCCUCAGUCCCCGCUAUCUUGUGAUAAACUUUGCUCCCAGCGUUGGCGACCCACUCAACACCGUCUCCAAUCUUCUCCCCAGCCU